GUGUAAACAAUAACAUUACUCCAUGUGACUUCUACUUUUCUGAUAUCUUACAUCAAGAUAUAUGCUUUCUACAACUUAAGUUCGGUAACUUCUCAAAAGUUAGGUAACAAAAAUGCAUUGAACGAAACUACUUUGACUUACGAGACAGGACAAGAUCGUUAAUCCAUUAAGCUAAGGACAUGCAAGUAUUUAGUUGAUGACACGGUUCUUCACUUUUCGUACUUGUCAAAAGAGGGCAGAGCAGAACCCUUGCUUGGUUCUUUUCAUCAAUUGAGGUCCUAUGGGUGAUGCAGCAGAAGAGUUGCCAUUACUUGGAAGCUUUUCUUCUGCUUCAGCUGAUGAUGAACAAGAAGAGUCUCUAAAAAGAACUGGAACCAUAUGGACUGCAACAGCACAUGUUAUAACAGGAGUGAUAGGGGCAGGAGUACUGUCUCUUGCAUGGAGCAUUGCUCAACUAGGGUGGAUUGCAGGUCCUCUAUGCAUGAUAGUUUUUGCAGUCAUCACCCUUGUUUCAACAAACCUUCUUUGUGACUGCUAUAGAUUUCCUGAUCCUGAACAUGGCCCCACCAGAAACAGGUCCUACAUGGAAGCUGUGAAGUUGUAUUUGGGAGAGAGAAGCCAAAUAGUAUGUGGAAUAUUUGCAGAGGAAAGCUUAUAUGGGUGUGGAAUUGCCUAUACCAUUACUUCUGCUAGUAGCAUAAGUUCAGGUAAAACACAGACAUGGUUUUGUGGUUUGCUUCAAUAUCUGAGCUUGUAUGGGACUGGUAUUGCUUGUGUUAUUACUACUUCAACUAGCAUGAGAGCAAUUCAAAGAUCAAAUUGUUACCAUAGAGAAGGGCAUAAAGCUUCAUGUGAAUAUGGUGAUACCAUCUACAUGCUGCUAUUCGGAGCUAUUCAGAUAGUAAUGUCACAGAUACCAGAUUUUCAUAACAUGGGGUGGCUCUCUGUAAUUGCAGCAAUCAUGUCCUUUACCUACUCUUUUAUUGGAUUUGGACUUGGUGUUGCAAAAGUAAUAGAAAAUGGGAGGAUUAAGGGGAGCAUUACUGGAGUCUCAGCUGCCACUAAUGUCAAUAAGUUAUGGCUAGCCUUCGAAGCAUUAGGGGACAUUGCUUUUGCCUAUCCAUACUCGAUCAUUCUGCUUGAGAUACAGGAUACUUUGAAGUCACCUCCACCAGAGAACAAGACCAUGAAGAAGGCCUCGAUGAUUUCAAUAUUUAUCACAACUUUCUUUUACCUAUGUUGUGGAUGCUUUGGAUAUGCAGCCUUUGGCAAUGAUACACCUGGAAAUCUCUUGACAGGGUUUGGGUUCUUCGAGCCCUAUUGGCUCAUCGAUUUGGCAAAUGCUUGCGUUGUUCUUCAUUUGGUUGGAGGAUAUCAGAUAUAUAGUCAGCCUGUGUUUGCAUUUAUUGAAAGCUGGUUCAGUAGAAAAUUUCCAAGUAGUGGUUUUGUGAACAACUUCCACUCCUUCAAACUUCCAUUAUUUCCUCCUCUUCAUAUCAAUCUUUUCCGGCUAUGUUUCCGAACUGCAUAUGUUGUGUCAACCACUGCCAUUGCAAUGGUCUUCCCAUACUUCAACCAAGUUUUGGGAGUGCUAGGAGCCUUGAACUUUUGGCCUCUGGCUAUAUAUUUUCCCGUGGAAAUGUACUCCGUGCAGAAGAAAAUAGGUGCUUGGACAGGAAAAUGGAUUCUUCUUAGAACAUUUAGCUUUUUUUGCUUGCUUGUAACAAUAGUGGGCUUAAUUGGGUCAAUUGAGGGAAUUAUAAGUGCUAAACUUGGCUAAGAGCCUCUCUUGCUGUGUUAUUUCUGCCAAUUGACUACAGCGAUCAUAUAUCAUGUUGGAAGACGAGAUUAUUAUGCCUCA